AUGCCCUCUCUCCGCACACUCCUUGUCUCCUCCCUGCUAGCGGCCUCCGCGGCUGCGGCCACAAGCAUCAACGACUUCUCCUGCACCUCCGACUCGAACCCGGUCGUCCUGUUGCACGGCCUGGGCGCCACUUUCUACGAGGACCUGAACUACCUGCAGUACUGGCUGCAGAACCAGGGCUACUGCACCUAUUCCCUGACCUAUGGUGCCUACGACGGCUUCCCGUUCCUCGGCGGCCUGAAGCCGAUCAGCGAGUCCGCGCCCGAGAUCGCCGCGUACAUCAAGGAGGUCGUGGCGAAGACCGGCAAGAGCAAGGUCAACCUGGUCGGCCACUCCGAGGGCGCGUUCCAGGCGCUGUACGUGCCCAAGUUCGAGGGUGUCAGCCAGCUCAUCGACAAGAUCGCGUCGAUCGCGCCGCCCACGCACGCGACCACCUUCGCCGGCAUCUACGAGCUGGCCUACCUAUUCGGCAAUACGUCGCGCGCGGUGACCAGCGACGUCCUGCAGACCGUGGGCUGUGGCGCGUGCGACGAUCUGGGCCCCGAUGGCGCGGCUAUCACGCGGUUGAAUGACGGCACGCCGAUCGUGCAGGAGGGCAACAAGGUGACGAUCAUCGCGUCCAGGAGCGACGAGCUGGUCACCCCGCCCACGACCUCCUUCAUCCACGAGGAUGGCGUGACCAACCGCUGGAUCCAGGAUAUUUGCCCGCUCGACCCGGUCGGCCAUAUUGGCGAGGCGUACGAUCUGAAUGUGUGGAACCUGGUGAAGAAUGUGCUAGAUGACACCCCGAACCGCAAGUUUAUUUGUCUGCUUGGGUCCCCUGGUAAGGUGUAA